AUGGUUGAAGAAGCAAAAAAACUUUCUGCAAAAGAUUUUCCUCAAAAUAGUUUAGGUCGGGUUUUUCCUGAUUUUGAAAGAUUAGGAAUUUUAGCUAGAUUUAUUGGUGAAAACUUUUACUUAAAAUUCCGUUCUCGGGAAUAUGUUAGCGAACAAAGAGAGUUUGUGGAUGAAUUUUUAGCCGAAACGGAAACUGAAAAAACUACUGGUAGUGAUAAAGGGGGCAAAACUACCCAAGGAGACACUUCAAAAUUUCAAGUUUUAGGCAAAGGGUUGACUGAUAAGAACAUUCAGCAUGGCACAGUUUCAAGUUUUGACCAAAAAGGGACUAAUAUCAUUCACACUCAUAAAGGUGUUAAUUAUGCUCCAUUGGGUAAAAUUCUUAGCGCUAAUCGAAAAAACCGAAUUGAAAGACGAGUUAAAAUUGCUGCUGGUUGUUUAAAAGCUUAUGAAAAAGAAGUUACUCUGCCUAGUAGCCAGGAAUUUCGAGAUAGAAUAGCGGGAAAUGUGCCGGGAUUUAAUAAAGUAGUUGAGCAAUUAAUGAUUGGUAUGCUUGGAGAUCCAGGAUUAGGUAAAUCUUAUAUCUCUGAAGCAAUUGGUAAAGCACUGGGAGAUGGCAAAAGGCUUAGUUAUCACCGAGUUUUAAUGACUGGUAAAAAAGAUGGUUCGGUAAUUGAAGGUGGUAGUAUGGAAAAUCCUGGGGGAGACCCUGGGGAAAUAAUUAAAGGAAUUAGUCGUUGUCAAAAUCAAUCAAUGGUCUUUCUUUUUGAUGAAAUUGAAAAAGCUGGUCGAGAUGCUAAACUAGCAAUUGGUGAACCAACCGACCGAACUAAUAAUAAGAAAUUUAAAGAUGUUUAUUUUGAUUUUCCCACUCCAAUUAACAAUGCUAUCUUCUUCUGUGCUUUGAACUAUGCUGAAGAAUUAGACCCUUUUAUUAGAGACCGAUUUAAAAUGAUUGAGGUAAAGCCUCCUACUUAUCAGCAAAGAUUAGAAAUUUUAAGGGCUUUAUUACAAUCCAAAAUUAAAAGUGAAGAGGAACCUUUGAAUAAAAUUUAUCACAAAACGUGGCAAGAAGUUUAUAACUUGGUUAAUCAGGAAGCAAUUUUGAAAAAGGCUUUAACCAAAAGCUUCAGUAUUCGAGGUGCUAAAGAUAAUAUUACUACUUUGUUUAGAACGAUGAGAACUCAAUUUUUUAUGAAGCAAAAAGCCUUGCUAGAUGCUAAUGGCUGGGCUAAUUAUAACUGGAAAUUUGACCCCAAAGAGGAAUUUGAUUUAGGAAAUAAGUCUCGCAAUAGACCACCUUGCCCUUAUGGCGAAGAGAAAGAUAGAACAGGAAUUUCUAAUAAAGAACACCGAACAGGUUGUAAAUGUUUUGUUAAUAAUUUACAUAGAGUGCCAGGAUGA